AUGACACUGAAACAAACACAUGAGAGGUUAUUGGUAGAAUGUAUGGUUAUACAAUUCUCAUUCAAGAUGCAAUGGGAUAAAAGGUCACUAGGUCAGGCAUCCCCAUGCAAUAAUUCAUUUGUUGCAGGACAAGCAGCAUCAUAUAAAAUGUUUGAAACAAUUAAAAGAAAGCCGAAAAUUGAUGCAUGUGACACAAGUGGUGUUCUCAUGGAAGACAUAAAGGGAGAUAUUGAACUCAAAGAUGUUUACUUUAGAUACCCUGCUAGGCCAGAUGUGCAGAUAUUUAUUGGAUUCUCAUUGUUUGUUCCAAGUGGCACAACUGAUGCUUUAGUGAGUCAAAGUAGAAGUGGAAAGUCUACGGUAAUCAGUUUAUUGAAAAGAUUCUAUGAUCCUGAUGUUGGAGAAGUGCUUAUAGUCGGUGUGAAUUUUAAGAACUUGUAA